AAACUCGGCGCUGUAUCCUAAGAAAGAGGAAGAAGAAAGAAAGCAAAGGCCGGGGAGCGAAAUUUUUCCACCGAGUCGCUUGCCUGUCUUCCAAGUCAUCCACCAUGGUUCUCGAGGCUACUAUGAUCUGCAUUGACAAUUCUGAGUGGAUGAGGAACGGUGAUUACUCUCCCACUCGAUUUCAGGCGCAGGCCGAAGCGGUUAAUCUGAUCUGUGGGGCGAAAACACAGUCUAAUCCGGAGAACACAGUGGGGGUGUUAACGAUGGCCGGGAAAGGCGUCCGCGUUCUUGUUACACCCACCAGCGAUUUCGGAAAGAUUUUGGCGUGUAUGCACGGUCUGGAGAUUGGUGGUGAAAUGAAUCUGACUUCUGGAAUUCAAGUGGCUCAACUAGCACUUAAACAUCGCCAGAACAAAAAGCAGCAACAGCGAAUCAUAGUAUUUGCUGGAAGUCCAAUUAAGCAUGAUAAAAAAGUCUUGGAGGCAAUUGGAAAGAAGUUGAAAAAGAAUAGUGUUGCUCUUGAUAUAGUCGACUUUGGUGAAGAGGAUGACGGAAAGCCGGAAAAGCUGGAGGCCCUUCUUGCUGCAGUAAAUAAUAAUGAUAGCAGCCACAUUGUACAUGUUCCUUCUGGUCCUAGCGCACUUUCUGAUGUUCUCAUAAGCACCCCUAUAUUCACCGGAGAUGGUGAAGGAGGAAGUGGAUUUGCAGCGGCAGCUGCUGCUGCAGCUGCAGGAGGGGUGUCUAGCUUUGAUUUUGGUGUGGAUCCUAACCUAGAUCCUGAGUUGGCACUUGCUCUUCGUGUGUCAAUGGAGGAGGAGAGGGCAAGACAAGAAGCUGCUGCUAAGAGAGCUGCAGAAGAAGCUGCUAGACAAGAAAAAGGUACAGAGCAGGCAUCAAGCUCUCAAGAUGCGGUUAUGGCUGAAGCAGCUGGCAGUUCUGAUCCAGUUGCGGAGAAGAAGGGGCCUGAACUUAUGGAUGAAGAGACUGCCUUGCUAGAACAAGCUCUUGCAAUGUCAAUGGAUGAUCCACGUUCAGGUCAGACUGGUUCUGCUUCAGGUGGUGAUACAAUAAUGUCAGACACGACUCCAGAAGAUCCAGACAUUGCCCUUGCACUACAAAUGUCUAUGCAGGAUACUGCAAAAGAUUCUUCUACACAAUCUGAGAUGAGCAAGGUCUUGGGCGACCAAAAUUUCCUCUCUUCCAUUAUUGACUCGCUUCCUGGAGUUAAUCGUGAUGAUUCUUCAAUAAAGGACUUGCUGGCAUCUCUUCAGGGAAAACCAGAGGAGAAGAAAGAAGAGGAAGAGAAGAAAGAAGAGGAGAAGAAAGAAGGGGAGGGUUCAAAGGAUGCUGGCAAUUGAUUACUUCUUGGUCCAUAUUUCUUUUGAUACUUUUGUGGAGGUGCAGUGGCAGAGCACUGAUUACAAGGUGAAUAUAUCGUGGACAUCUGGCUGGCUUCAGAAUUGAGCUUCAUUGGUGCUUCAAACAUCGGCGUCAGCUUUUUUUCUUUGGUGGUUGUUCCAUUUAGGAGGUAUCCUUAGAUUCAGGACUAGCCCCCUUUUGUUUGAAAUGUAUCUACCAUAGUCACAACUCACAAAUGCCGUCAAACUUCUUUUGGAAGGGGAAAAUCUCGUGAGAAUCUAUCCAGAUGCUGUGAAAAACUAGAAGCUUUUUGACUUUAUGUAUUUGUUUGCAAGUGCGGCCUGCGUAACUAUUAAGAUUUGGCUGCGUUUUUUCUCUUUUCUUUAUUAAUACAGGUUUCAACUUUCAUGUGCCAGUUGAUCAUGAAAAGUUUAUAUCUCGAGAAUCCCUCUUGUUUA